GCUCUCUAGCCCUUUACGAGUAGCCAACUAACCAGUAGCAGGCAGUAGGCUGUCCAUUCUCGUCUAUGGUGUCAAGUUCGUAGUUUGUUCUGAAAUUAAUUUACCCUUAACAAUUCAUUGAAAUGGCUGCGGCUGUUAGGAAUCUUUCAAAAAUCACAGUUGGAGGUCGUAGCAGUUUACUCCGUGCACAAGUGAGAUUCAACUAUACAGACACAAGAAAAAAUUUAAAAAUAAACUCAAAUACGAAAGUUAUAUGCCAGGGGUUCACGGGUAAGCAGGGAACUUUCCAUUGUCAGCAAGCACUUGACUAUGGUACAAAAAUCGUGGGAGGUGUCAAUCCCAAAAAACCAGGAGUAGAGCAUUUGGGAAAACCUGUAUUUAAAUCUGUUAAAGAGGCUAAAGAAGCAACAGGUGCAACAGCCUCAGUGAUCUAUGUUCCCCCACCUGGUGCAGCGGCAGCUGUAAUGGAGGCGUUGGAUGCAGAAAUGCCUCUGAUUGUGUGCAUUACUGAAGGUGUUCCACAACACGACAUGGUAAAAGUAAAGCGGCGUCUUCUUGAGCAGAACAAGUCGCGGCUCAUAGGACCAAACUGUCCAGGAAUCAUUGCGCCCGAACAGUGCAAAAUCGGCAUCAUGCCUGGACACAUUCAUCAAAAAGGUAAAAUCGGUAUUGUGUCGAGAUCUGGAACUCUCACCUAUGAAGCCGUAAAUCAGACGACGUUGGCUGGUCUUGGGCAAACUCUAUGCGUAGGAAUCGGUGGUGAUCCUUUCAAUGGAACGGACUUUAUUGACUGUUUGGAAGUGUUCCUCCAGGAUCCGGAAUGUGAAGGGAUUGUGAUGAUUGGAGAGAUUGGAGGAAGCGCUGAGGAAUUGGCUGCUGAAUACCUCAUGGAACAUAAUACUGGUGCAAAGGCUAAGCCUGUGGUGUCUUUCAUUGCUGGAUUGACUGCCCCCCCUGGCCGUCGAAUGGGUCAUGCCGGAGCGAUUAUCUCAGGUGGAAAGGGUGGAGCUCAAGAUAAAAUUAACGCUCUCGAAAAGGCUGGAGUGAUUGUAACGAGGAGCCCUGCCCAAAUGGGUAACGAACUACUGAAGGAGAUGACUCGUCUCGGUAUUGUCUAACUAAAUGAGUUAUCUCGUGAUAUAAUAUAUACAUUUAGUUAGUCAUCCCUGCGUAUAUAUGUGUCAUUUUAAAACGUCUGAGCUACGGAUGAAAACUACACCGAACUGUGGACGGUACACACUAGAUGAGAAAUUACUGUAGAAGUUAUUUGAAGAAAAAAGAGCUAAUAAACUUUCAUUUUAAGUUGAAUCCUAUGGUAUGUGAGAAUAUUUAUAUUUCUUUGUCAGAUUUGUUUGCGGUAUGUAAAACACUACAAUAUGACAACAAUUCGAAACACAUUUCAUUCUUUGAAAUAUGUGAUACAAUUCCACUCAUUUAUCGGUAGUAUCUCAAGAAUACAUAGGUUUUGAUUUAUCUUGAGUUUGGUAUUUUUUUUAUCUGUGUGCCGAUUUAUUUUUUACAUUCUUCCUAAGCUUGUUGAGGCACAUCGUUGAGCGUUGUGGUAUAACACCUGUUGAUGUAUGGAUCGUAACUUUUAUUCGUUACAAUGGGAUGAGUGCAGCUCUAUUUGCUGGCUUGCCAUUUAAGUAAAACCUAAUGUGUAUUAUAUUACAAAACGUGAAUAUCAAACUAUAUAAUUAUUUAUGUACAGAGGUCGAUAUUGUAAAUUAUUUUAAGAAUUAAAUUGUAUCCGGUUUAUCAUGCUAA